AUGUAAAGGAAUUAAAGCACUUUGUUCAUGACAAUAGUUUAAACACUGAACAGCUUAUUCAAUUUAUUAUAUACUUAUGUAAAUACUAACAUCAAUUUAAUGAAGAACAAAAGAUAGAACUCAAUUCUUCUAUUAUUCAAUAUUAUACAGAAGAAAUCAAAGAUCAGUAUUAUUAUAAGAUAUUUGAUCAUAAACUUUUGGAACUAAUUGAGAAUGAAUCAAUUUAUUAGAAAAUAAUCCAUAUUGCUAUUUCAAAUUCCUCUAAAUCUUUGCAGCAUAGUUAUGGUUUCUUAAAUUUCAUAUAGUAAGUAAUAAUUACUGGCAUUAUUUUAGUCUAUAUAACAGAACUCUGGAUGCUUUCAGCAUAUUCUAAAAUAUAUUUCAAUUUUAAUGAGAUCAUGCAAGAAAAAUAAGAAAGGAGAGUAUAAAAACAACAUAAAUUAUAAAACGGGUAUGGGAACCAAGAUUCUCAAUUAUUUAUUGUCAAAUUUAACAAAGUUUACUGAAAUAGUAUAGACUAUUUACUAUUCUAUAAUCAAGGCUUCUAAUACAAAUGUUGGAUAAUAUAGAACAUAUACUGAAAUCUAUCAUAAAAUUACUUAUAUAAUUUACAUGAUAUUUUGGUUGAUCGAUGAGAAAGAGAUGUUAAGAUCAGAUCCCAUUUAAUAACUUUGUUUAGAAUUAUGCUAUAUUCACUAUAAAUUCACAAUAAAUCUUAUUAUUGUACUUUAAAAUGCUGGCAUUCUCCAAUCUAAUACACUCUAUUAAAUAAUUAACAACAUCAAUGUUAUUGCUUAUGGAUAUGAUUAUAUCAUUUAAAUUAAGGAUAUGUACUUUGAUAGGAAUGAGAAUUUAUUGAAUACUUCAGAUCUAUUUUCGAAAUUAAAUUAGAGAUAAGUUUUAUUGAAGUUAGUCUAUAACAAAUUCUAUGAAACAAGUUUAAAAAAUUCUAUUUAUAGAUGCUAAAAUUGUAAUUAGAAACAUAAAUUUCCCUUGUCCUUUCUUUUUUGGAUUUCUAUCCUAAAUUUAUUUUCUAUUUCAGAUUAGCAAGAGAUCCAGAAAUAAUAAGGUUAAUGCAGUAAUGCAUAGUCAGAGUGA